UGACGGUAUUUUACGACAACAAAAUAAUCAUUGAAGUCGAGUGACGUGCUCAGAUAAUACAUGAGUACUUACUCACGAAGAAAACCAUGGACAGUUAGACGUCACAAAUGUUCAAGUGGUAUAUCGCGCAAAAUGGUUGGAUCAGGUACACAAACAAGGCUGUCAAGACAUCGAAGUGAAGGAUCCCUACUGCACCAGUGCCCCUACUGUGAAACUUUAAUGUUACCUGUAAAUCCACCAAAUCUAACCAAAACAAAACGCUCCAAACUGGAAAGAGUUUUCAGCUAUCCAAAUGAGAAUCAAGACCCAACAACAGACCACCACCACCACCACCACCACCAAAAACAACAACAACAAGAAAGGGAAGAGGCCAUUUACUACUACCAACCAAAGUAUAAACAGAUUGUUGUCUCACACAAAACAAUCCGUAUAAAACAAACGAAUAUCAAGAAAAAAACCACAGACUCACAUUCAUCGGUAUCGCCUAUAUUAUGUGAAAUAAAGUCGUGAUCAUCAUCAGACAGACCUCAUAGAUCUGUAAGUCGAUGCCGUGAAAUACCAAUUCGAAUACAACGUACCGAUUCUGAUGACAAUGGAAAUAAUAAAUUAUCGAAUUACUUUUCAUUACAUUGUAAAAUUAACCCAUCCCAAAAGACACUCCGCGCUGUUCUUCUUCUCAAGCGACAGUUAGUGUUGUUGAAAGUUCUGGCAAUGAUGAUUCAACUGCUUUUUUAAAAAAAAGUAACACUAUGAAGAAUAUUUAAAAAAUUAAAAGGGAAAUGAUACCGUCUUUCUUUUACCAUUCAAAUAAGUAGUAGUAUUAUUACAUUUUCUUUUUUUACUCUGUUUUGCUAUUUACUUUUAAUUGAAAUUUCUAUCGUUGACAAUAAACUUGUAAAUUAUUUAUCAUUAACUUUUAUUUAUUUUAUGCAUAAUUAUAUUCAAACUUGUCGAGGAAUAAAUGAAUCAUUUAUUCUGGGGGAACUUAUCAUAUAAAUUUUCAUCAAACUAUAAAUGUACUACUCAGUAUGUG